AGCGGAAGUUCUCCGCGGAUCCCGGAGGGCGGGCCUUGCUCACACAGGCUGUUUUUCCUCUGCAGCUGUUCUUUGGGUCCUUGACGCAGAAACCUCCAUCCAGCACGGCAGGAUGGCCACAUCCCAGGAAUCACUGAGCUUCAGGGAUGUGUUUGUGGACUUCACCCUGGAGGAGUGGCAGCAGCUGGACUCUGCUCAGAAGAACCUCUACAGGGAUGUCAUGCUUGAGAACUACAGCCACCUGGUGUCCGUGGGGUAUCUAGUUGCCCAACCAGAUGUGAUCUUCAGCUUGGGGCAAAGAGAAGAGGCCUGGGGGGCAGACAGAGGAACGCAGACGAGGAGCUGUCCAGGUGAGCACACACCAGAUGUAUCCAUUUUUGCCUCAUGUAUUUUGAAGUGCUGUUAUUAGAAGUCUGGCAAGUCGAUGGGUGGAUAGAUAACUACAAGGAAAGCCAAGACAACCCCCCGUGACAAGCUGCAUUCAGAGACAAGGAAAUACUGAAAGAUGAAAGGGGCCACGAAUGCAGAACAUGCAGAAAAAUCAUAUAUCUGAGCACAGACUUUGUCUAUAUAAGACAAAGACUCCCUAAAUAUUAUUCAUGGAGAGGGCGUUCAACAUAAUUUAAACUCUCUUAGUUUUAAAACAACAAAAGCUAUGUAAGAAAGAUAAUGGGUAUUAGUCAUAUUGGAAAUCAUGCCUCCAUUCUAAUCUUGAUAAAGCUAAACCUGCAGAGAAAUUCUUUGAAACCAAUCAACAACGAAAAACUCUCCACCAUGAGGAAGCCUUUAAUACAAGGUAGAAAAUUCAAGCUGGGGAGAAACUAAAUGUGGGAAAAUAUCCAGAAAACAUUCCUUGUUGUGCAUCAAAGAACUGACACUGGAGAGAAGCCUUAUGAAAGCUGUGAAUUUGCAAAAGCCUUCAGCUAAAAGUCAAUCCUUGGAACAGAAUUGAAAAGCCCUAUGAAUGCAGUGAAGGUGGGAAAACCUUUAUCCAGAAGGCACCACUCAUUAAACAUUAGAAGAUUCAUACAGGGGAGAAACUUUAAAAGUAUUAAAUGUGGAAAAUCUUUCAGUGUGAAAUCAACUCAUUGUAUAACAGAACUUCAAGGGAGAGAAGUUCUGUGAAUGCAGAGACUGUGGCAAGGCCUUCAGGGGAAAGAUCUCUCAUUAACCAUCAAAGAAGUCAUAGGAGAUAAAAUGUAAAACCCAUGAAUAAACCUUUAAGUGAGAUGACUGUCCGUUAGUUACAUGUUGUCAUAGUGUGCAUCCAACAAUUCAUUCAAAAUAAUUUUGUAAACCAUGAAUCAGCCUUCAAAAAAUUGCUCAGCCUUCAUUAGAUUUAGGAAAAUUUAAUGUUAUAAUAUUCAAAACAUGGAAUAAACAUGAUAAAUUCUUCACUCAAGUUGUAAUAUAGUGUUCAUCAAAGAACUUAUAGAGGGUCAAAAUCAUGAAUGUAGUAAUUUAUGAAGCCUUUGGAAAGUUUAAUAUUUUAUAUCAGCACUUUUAUUCAGGAGGAGAUUAAGUUGCAGAGCCGAGUUUUCCUAGAUAUUGUGAGGAAGAUCAUACCCCAGAUAUGGCAUACAUUUUCUAGAAAAGAUCACAAUUUUAUUACAUAAACAAUUAUAAACAUUUUCUUUGCAGAAUAGGUUAUAAAGCUUUUAAAGGUAUAAAUGUACCAGAAGGACAGGAAAAACAGUCCUUGUUAGGUCAACCUACUAGAUUAGCCUGUAAUAGAGAACCAGAAUAGUAUGUUGCCAUUAAGAAUUUUGGAAAUAAGAUGCAAAAUUGUGCUUCAUGCUCUGUCUUGUAAAAUGACAGAGCGUGCAACAUUAUGAUUUCAGUGUCUCUGGGUUGGGAUUUAGGCAAAUUUUUUAUUUAUAAAAUGACUUCCAUUUAAAUCUUUUGUUUUCAUCUUCACAUGUAUCUAUGUAGAGAUAUCCAUAGGAAAAACAUCUAGAAAGAAAAAUAUAUCCUAUUAAGAGUAGUUAUAUAUGUACAUUGGAAUUACUGGGGGUUUUUUUUGUUGUUUGUUUUCUUCUGGUACUGGGAUCACCCUUGGGACAUUGCACUUGCUAAAUCCCUGGCCUACAAUUAACUGGAUUUUAAAUUUGAUUAUAAUCUCCAGAUUUUGCUCCCAGAAAAUACCUAUAAGAAUUAUUUAAAAUACCUUUUGAACAGGUUUUUAAUUUUUCUUUGUCUCUACCCACUUUUCUGUUCAGUUGUAUUUUCAAUGUAUGACACUGUCCUACUUUCUAUUCUGCACUGCUAAUCACAUUUUGACAUCUGCAUAUUACUUUUCCUGUGAUUGUUUGAUGUCAUUGUUAGAACAUUUCAUAUACCUUUGAGAGUGGAAAUCUUGUGAUUUAGUAUAGUGAUUUUUCUAAUGAAAAUUAAAAUAUCUUCAUAUUUUCUUUUAUACAUCAUCCUUCCCAAAUCCUAUGACCUAAGAUACAAGCUACCAGAUUUUACAGAUAAGGAGCACUGAAGUGAGUCACUAAUGGUCCCACGAGUAAUAAGAACAAACAUGCAAAUCCAAACCCCUAGAAGCCUAAUACAAACCAUUUUUUGUUCUGAUCCUGGUAAUUGCUAUUGACUACUCAUUUUGUUCAUCUUUUGUCCUUUUCUCUUUGUCACUACUCAAAAUGCACUGUGGUUGUUAAUCUUUUAAUACUUUUUAUGUAAGUAAAGACUUCAUUUUAUAAAAGCAUUACAUUGAUGAUUAUCAUGACAACAUUAUUAAGUAUGGAGGAAAAUGAUAGUGUCACCUGCAACCACACACACAUCCUCAUAUUUAAUAGAUAUAGAAACAAAACCAUAAGGAGCUUCUUUACUUAAAACUCAGAGAUUGUAAGUAGUAUAACAGUCAUUACUUAGAUUCACAUUCCAUGGUUCCUCCAUGAAUCCAAUUUGUGUGCUCCUGUACAAGGUUCUUCAGACUUUACCCAAUGGAAGAGAGGAGAGAUCUAUGUGGUUGCUUAAUACCUUCUCAUUUUUGUCUUGGAUUUAAAUGUUUAAUAAAUUAAUGAGUAGACUUCUAUAGCCAUAUAUAUUGUAGUUGGUUUUCCAGGCCAGCAAUUAUUCUGCAACAAAUAGGGGAUAGGGGAAGAUACAGAUACAUAGAAAAAAAUAUUUUAAAACGUAACAGCUGUACAAACAAUGAGGUCCAGAAGAGUUGAAAUUCCAGAAAGUGAAGUGCCUGGUAUACAUGAGCUGACAAUUGCUGUCCAUUAUCUUUUCUUGGAGGAUUUAUUGAUUCUCAACGUUAGCUAAGAAUGAGGUUUUGUCCAGGCUGAUAGAUUAUACAAGAGGAAAUAAAUUCAGAAGAGAUUUUGGAAGUUAUAUAGGGCUAUCUUAGAAACUAAAGUGCUCCAAGCACAUGACUUGUUUUGUGCACAGGAUGUUUUCUAAGUUUGUGAUGGUAUUAGGAUGUUAGGAGGGUGGGUGAGAAAAGCAAAGUGAAAGCUCCUGCAGUCGCACUGUGCUUUUGAAAUGACCCCAGUAGAAGGGCCCCACCAUGCUCAUGGAGAAAGAGGCUAAAGAGUUCUCAGCUCAAACCUAUGAAGAGGAAAGCAGUUUUCCAGGUCAGAGGAGACAGCCACCAGGUUCUCAAACAAAAGUACAGGAAUAAAAAUGAACCAUGAUUAACAAGAGCUGAGUUGUCUUAACACUGCAUACUAGCCCUCAUCCUUUAGAGGCGAUCAGUUCCUAACUUUGUUAGGAAAAGUUAAACCCAGUCAGCUACAGCCUCUACACUUUUUUGUUUCUUUUUAUUGAACAAUCUAGGUAUACAAUACAAUUACAUU